AUGUUAGCCACAUCUCAAAAGGAUAUUAAAAUUAUGAGUCUCAGACAGAUUCACCAGGUGACCUUAGAAGCACUUGAAAAGCUUUGCAGUUUUUAUCAUCAAUUUUCUGAAGUUAUAGAACAAAAGUCAAAGUUCAUCCAAGCAUGUAAGAAACCCUACCUGGAGAUUAAGUGUAAUGAUAAAAGGUGUAGUUGUCCAACAAAAAAGAAAUAUAAAAAAUACGCCAAAUCUCACAGGACCUUCAAGGGAAAGAAAAGAAAGAAUAUGAAGUUCUUUAGAAGAAAGCCUUUCAGAGGAAAGGGGAAAAAUCAGAGAUGCUUUAUUUGUGGGAAAAAAGGGCAUUUCUCAAAAGAAUGUCCUAAUAACACCCAUAAAGCCGCAAAUUUGAUUAACUCUCUUCAACCUCUAGAAGGAGACUUAGAAUCUUUGUAUUCUGAACAAAGCGCUGCUGAUGAAGAAACAAUUUUUACCCUUCAAGACUCUUCGUCUGAUGAAGCAUUAUUUUCAGAGUCAGAAGAUGAAAGAUAUAUCCCGGUUUACUCCAUCAAAGAGAUAUGCAGUUCUCUUCCUACUACACCACUUCCUUGUGUUGAAAUCCUUGUUCUCGCAACAAAGUUUUCCCGUCCAAAGAAAGUUAUAACUUAUAUGGACACUGGGGCCCAGAUUACCAUGAUGAAUCCCAGCAUUCUCCCUGCAGAAACAUGGGUGACACAUGCUGCAUACUUUGUAGCAGUGGAUGGAAACAUUUUCAAGACAAAUCUAAUGACCAAGGAGAAAAUAGGAAUUAAAUUCUUCCCAGACUGCAUAGUCUGGACCAAGGUCAUUGGCAGUAAUAUUCCAAGCAAAGAUAUUGUAGUAGGAAUGGAUGUCUAUUCAGCAACAAUUAAACUCCAAAUUCUCCCCACAGGAAUCAAAUUCAAAAUAGAAUUCAAACCUUAUUCUGGGAUACUGAAACUAUAUUCACUUUCUAAGGUUCCUGCUGGCUAUGAAGAGAUCAAGUCCAACCAUGCAGACUAUGUGCAUAUAGCCAUGAAACAUUCUGCCACCCAAAACCUCUAUGGAAGAAUAAAGACUUCUUCGUUCAACUUACCUUCAAGCUUAAUGAAUAUGUUAAUUCCAACCAAGGCCACUCAUCCAUGGAUGAGCCCAUCAGAUUACGCAUUAGCUAGGAAAGAAUGCAACCAACUGCUCAAACAAGGUCUGAUAGGACCCACCAAAUCAGAAUGGGCUUGCGAAUCAUUCUAUGUGGAAAAGAGAUAUGAAACGUUGAGGGGAAAAAAGAGGCUAGUAAUUGAUUACAAACCUCUAAAUCAUUUUCUCAAAGAUGAUAAAUUUCCCAUUCCAAAAGCCUCGUCCUUAAAUGUUUUCAUCAAAGAUGCCCAAAUCUAUUCUAAGUGUGACCUUAAGUCAGGAUUUUGGCAAUUGGGUAUCGACCCUGAAGAUCGCUAUAAAACGGCAUUUUGCAUUCCUAACGCCCAGUACCAAUGGACCGUGUUACCAUUUGGGCUUAAGGUAGCCCCAUCACUCUUUCAAAAAGCCAUGACUAGAAUUUUUGAGCCCAUCUUCAACAAUAUCCUCAUCUAUAUUAAUGAUGUGUUAUUGUUCUCAAAAGAUGAAAAAACCCAUAAACAAUUAUUGGGCCAAUUUCUUCAAAUAGCCCAACGGCAUGGAACGAUGCUCUCUAAAAAGAAAAGUCAAUUGGGACAAACAGAAAUUGAUUUCCUAGGGAUGCAUUUCUCCCGAGGGAAAUAUCAACCUCAACCUCAUAUUGCCCGAGAACUAUUAAACUUUCCUGAUGAAAAUCUCACAGUUAAGCAAAUCCAACAAUUUCUUGGUAUAAUUAAUUAUAUCCGAGAUUUCCUGCCAAAACUGGCGAGAUACACGAGUCCUCUAUCCCAAAUGCUAAAGAAAAAACCUCCACCAUGGGGAACACAACAAACCGAAGCAGUGAAAGCCUUAAAAAAGAUCACAUAA